GCGAGCUGAGGUGGACGUUGGCGAGGGCAAAUGGCGGCUGAUGACUUAUGCCUAGCCCAUCUCCCUGCCGAGCUCGUUGUUGCUGUCCUUGGCUUUCUCUCGACCCCAGAAGACGUCAUGGCAGUGACGGGUGCGUCGCGGACGCUGCGGGCGUUUUGGAAGUGGAAGCGGUUUGGCGACGGAUGGUGCUGGUAUUGCUGCCCGAUGUGGACGAUGACGAAGGCGACGCGGGUGAUGACAAAGCCGAGGCAGGCGAUGAAGCGGGCGAUGGAUGGGAAGGGUCUGCUAUGAUCUCGAUGGGUGUGCGGGUGCUGGGAGUCGCUCCGAGGACGACGAUGGCCGGGCUCAAGGGCGACGGCGAGGCGGGCGAGGUGCCGGGCAGCUGGCGAGAGAUCUUCCUUGAGCUAUUUGUGCGGCGGCGAUGGGCGCGCGGGCAGCUUGUGCAGCCAUGGAACUGGGACUUGUUGUUGCCGGGCUCUCGACAUGCUUCUGUCUCGCUCAAGCAUGAAGCGAUGGCGCAGGCGUACAGAUUUGUCGGGGACAUGGCCAAGCGGGUCGAGGUCGAAGGACACGCAAAAGGGCUAUCGAUUCGUGACCAGGCCCUCUGGCUCCGGCUGUUCAAGUGGAUGGAUGUGGUGGGUGUUGCGGUCUACCGCGAUCUCCUGGACGAGCAGCCCGGGUGGGCAGAGAUCCGUGUGGCACUGCCUGCCGCGCCGCAGCUGCCUGGCACCCGGACCGGGUUUGGUCAGCGCUUCGACGAUGUUGCCGACGCCAUGCGCCCAUCGCAGUGGGUCGAAGUUGUUGUUCGCCGAACAGUGUUAGGCCGGCGCGGCCGGCUGCGGUUUAACAUGUGUCUCGUCAGCUCGUCGGCGCUCGGCGGUCCGGGACGCAGCGACGGCAUGGUCGAGAACACAGGCGCGGUGACAGAGGGCGUGAUGGCGGCGCUUGGCCUCGAUGCCGGCGAGCACACACUUGGCGUCCUACUCAUCUGCGAGUAUCUGGUGACUGCCGCGGCGAGCUUGGUGUUUUCCAAGCUCCAUAGUGAUGUCGACGGGUUCGAGGGCGCGCCGCCGCCACCAUCGCAAGCGCUGCGAUCGGCCACCGACGGCGGACUCUCGAUUGUUCGCGACGCCGCCGACACAAUUGUGGCGCACGCCGCGUCCGAAACUGGAGCAGUGCUGCGGCAGCCGUCAUGGAUGUCGCUACUGUCGGAGUGAGCGCCACUACCUGCCUGCGGUGAUUGCCGUGGGCUGUACUGUCGGUGGUUGCCGGCGGCCAGAGCAGAGAUAUAACACAUCCAUGCCCGCC